AUGCCCCGCGAAAUAGUCACUGUUCAGCUCGGACAAUGCGGCAACCAAAUGGGAUCGGUGUAUUGGCAACGCCUCUGCGCCGAACAUGGCAUCAACAAAGAAGGCAUACUCGAGGAAUGGGCAACCGAAGGAGGCGAUCGCAAGGACGUAUUCUUCUAUCAAGCUGACGACGAGCACUAUAUUCCGCGUGCCAUCUUGGUCGAUCUUGAACCAAGGGUGAUCAACAACAUCCUGACCUCGCCAUACGCGAAUCUGUACAACCCGGAGAACAUAUUUGUUUCCAAAGACGGCGGUGGUGCUGGUAACAACUGGGCUCAAGGGUUCGCAGCUGGCGAGCGGAUAUACGAGGAGGUUAUGGAGAUGAUCGAUCGGGAAGCUGAAGGCAGUGAUUCAUUGGAGGGUUUCAUGCUUAUGCAUUCCAUAGCGGGCGGCACGGGGUCUGGUCUCGGAUCAUUCCUCCUUGAACGAUUGAACGACAAGUUCCCGAAGAAGCUCAUCCAAACAUAUUCGGUCUUCCCGAACGCACAGGAGGGCGAUGUUGUCGUGCAACCGUACAACUCCCUGCUCACCCUCAAGCGACUGACGAAUCAUGCGGACUCGGUCGUUGUCCUCGAUAACGGCGCACUGGCACGUAUAGCUGCGGACCGGCUUCACGUUCAAACGCCAUCCUUCGACCAGACUAACCAAUUGGUAUCGACGGUCAUGGCGGCCAGCACGCAAACGCUCCGAUAUCCCGGAUACAUGAACAACGACUUGGUCGGCAUCAUCGCGUCAUUGAUACCAACUCCACGAUGCCACUUCCUCAUGACCUCAUACACGCCAUUUACAAGCGACCAGAUCGACAAGGCGAGACUUCCAGGUCGUGACUAUAUGCGCCCUGCCAAACCUAUCCGUCGCACGACUGUCUUGGACGUGAUGCGCAGGCUUCUUCAACCCAAGAACCGAAUGGUAUCGACGUUGCCCAGCAAGACGGCAUGCUACAUCUCGAUCCUCAACAUCAUCCAGGGAGAGGUUGACCCCACCGAUGUACACCAAUCGCUUCUGCGGAUACGCGAGCGACAACUGGCAAAUUUCAUACCUUGGGGCCCGGCGUCCAUCCAGGUCGCGCUCACCAGGCGAUCUCCCUACGUCGCCACCCAACAUCGCGUCAGCGGUCUCAUGCUCGCCAACCAUACCAGCAUCGCAUCCCUAUUCAAGCGAAUGCUCGACCAAUACGAUAGGCUCCGGAAGCGGAACGCCUUCUUGGAGCAGUACAAGAAGGAGAAGAUGUUCGAGAACGGACUGGACGAAUUCGACGAUGCUCGGUCAGUUCGGUUGGUUUUUUUUUCCCUGGUGCACACUGGCUGA